CGGAAGUAGCUUGUGAACUGAGGGGACUGUUUAAAGGGCUGGAAGAGCUCUGCUACAUUGCAAGGGCUUCCGAGACUUCACGCUGUUUAUUUUAGGUGGCGUGUGAUCACUUAUAAGGAAAUCUGUACUGUUUUUACAAUGGGUUGUGAUAUUAUGUUAGAAGCAAUGCUCCUUGUCCUUCUCAUGAUUUCUUUAACCAUUUGUAGUACUGAAGGGUUUCAGCAGCAGUGGCCAGUGCCUUACAAACGGUUUGACUUCCGACCUCAAACUGAUCCAUACUGCCAAGCAAGGUACACAUUUUGCCCCAGUGGCUUUGAGAAUGGCUCUAUUCCAAAGAUGAAAGAUGAGGAUCUCAUUGAUGUUUACAGAUUGCAAGCCCCUGUUUGGGAAUUCAAAUAUGGGGAUCUGCUGGGACAUUUUAAAAUUAUGCAUGAUGCAGUUGGAUUCCGGAGUUCUAUAACAGGAAAAAAUUACACAGCUGAAUGGUACGAACUAUUUCAGCUUGGAAAUUGUACUUUUCCACACUUGAGACCCAACGUGGAAGAACCAUUUUGGUGUAAUCAAGGGGCAGCAUGUUUCUAUGAGGGAAUAGAUGACGAACACUGGAAAAGCAAUGGGACUUUGGUUCCUGUUGCAAGAAUGUCAGGUGCCAUGUUUAAUCAGAUGUCAAAAUGGUUAAAAGAAGAUAAUGACACUGGGAUUUACUACGAGACAUGGACUGUGCAGGAACCAACCAGAGCUAAACCAAGGGUGUGGUUUGAAUCCUAUGACUGCAGCAAAUUUGUGUUGAGAACCUACCAAAAAAUAUGGGAGCUUGGAGCCACAUUUAACAAAGAGAUUCAGACAAAUUACACUCGUAUAUUCUUGUACAGUGGAGAACCUGUAUACUUGGGAAAUGUCUCGUCUAUAUUUGGGCCACAUGGCAAUACAUCUUUGGCAGAAGAUAUAAGAAUGUUUUACACACCUUUUAGACCUCCUCAUUCUUUUAAAGAGUUCCUAAUAAGUAUCCUGGCAAUCUACGAUGAGGUUGUCUUGCAUAAAACCUUCUAUUUGUUUUAUAAUUUUGAAUAUUGGUAUUUACCUAUGGAGUACCCCUACAUUAAGCUAACAUAUGAAGAAAUACCUCUGCCAUCAAAAAAACAUGUCUGAUUUUUUUUUUGUUUUGUAUUUGUUUCUGAAGGAUAGGUAAAUAUGAGUAUUUGUUUGUUGGAUAUGUUAUUCAUAUCAGGAGGUUAUCUACAGCAAUCUGCAACAAUGUUGGGAUCUGUGCACACCGUUCAUACACUUCUUAACAUACUGAAUAUUUUAAGAAGACCAUCCUGCCGGAGGAGAUCCUAAAAUUUGCACUUUAAGACCAAUAUUCAGAAAGUAUUAUUAUAAAUUAGGGGUAGGCAAUUUACUCAAAAAGAGAGACCAGACUUUCUCACGAUUGAGGAUGAUGUCUCCAUCAAAGAUGUGCCUUAUUUGUUAAUUUAAAAAGUGACCUGAUCCUUAGAUGCUUGGAUGACAUUUACUCUGAAACCUCUGUAGUGGAUAUGAUGCUAGGCAUGCCCUGUUGAUGUCCCACAGAGAGAUGAAAUUGUAUCACUGUUUGACAGCUUACCUGGGCCCUGCCAGGUGCUCGUGCCAUUUCCACUACAUCCAGUGUUCUCAUGCUGGAGAGGCCUUAUUGCUAUAUAGCGCAGAACAGGACUAUGCCAAACAGCGCUCACUGACUGAGACCAGUCCUGCAUUCGACGUUCUUUGUUUUAAAGAGACAUCUGGCUACUCUUGCUGGAGAAGACCAAAUGUGGUGCAGGUGCCGAGUCGGACCCAGGAAAGUUGUCAAAUCAUGCUAAAAUGAUUUGAUAUAUUUAAAAUCAAUGGUUGCAAUGCUUGUACAUAGCGUUAUCUGUUACACUGCUUGUUUUCCCCUCUAUUUUUUUUUUUUUGUGCCAAAAGACCUGAUACUUGAUUCUUAGGACUUGACCUUGUUAUGUAAUCUAAAA